GGUCUGACCCAGUGUGUGUGUGUGAAUGUGUUUGAAUGAGUGUGUGUGCUGACAGCAGCUGGCCGAGGUGAUAUUCAUCAGUUUCACUCGUUUGGAAUAAAUGAAAAGCUUCAAAAUCUGGAUAUUUACACGAACCAGCGAUGCCCUGUGUACAAACCCAAUAUGCAUCCCUGCCCCAUGACAGCUACUUCAGCUCUGAGUUCUUGAAUGCUGACCUCAGUGCCAAACUGAUGAUGGACAUCAGUGGCCAAAAGGACCAGCUGUCUACGUCUUCGUUGCCCAGCAUCAACACCUUGGUGGGAAAUGGCUACAUGGGGGAGUUUGAUGCUUAUUCCUGCAAGAUUACAACCUCUCCUCCCGCCUCUACAGUUUCAUUCAGCCAUGCUGCGGUAGCUGAAAGCUCCUGCCCUCAGAUGCAGAGCCAAACCUUCAAACUGGAUGAUCUUCAGGUGUAUGGCUGUUACCCAGGAUCCUUUGCGCUCAGCUGCCUUGAUGAAACAAUGUCGUCAUGUGGCUCUGACUACUAUGGUAGCCCAGUUUAUGCCGCUGCUUCUCCUCCAACACUGGGCUUUCAGUCCCAGUCUGCACCUGUCUGGGAUUCCCCUUUCAGCCCCUACCCCUCAGCCCCCUCGUCCUCUGUGGCUGAAAAAGCCGCCAUGGCCCAGCAGCUCUCCUUUUUCACCUUCAGCCCCGCACCAGAGCAGCUCUCUCCCCUGGGGCAGCAUCAGGAUGCUCAGCCAGGCCACGACGACCCUUUCUUCCUGCCUCCUCAGCAGCAUGUCUCUCCACUUCAUUGUCCCUCCAUGUCCCUGGAGCAUGGACCCCUGGAAAGCCCCAGGAUAGUGGAGGGGGCCAUGACGUCGCCUAAAACCCACAACCCAGGAUCCAGUGAGGGCCGCUGUGCAGUCUGUGGUGACAAUGCAUCCUGUCAGCACUAUGGAGUCCGCACCUGUGAGGGCUGCAAAGGUUUCUUCAAGCGAACUGUACAGAAAAAUGCAAAGUAUGUGUGCCUCGCCAAUAAAGACUGUCCAGUGGACAAGAGGAGGAGGAACCGCUGCCAGUUCUGCCGUUUCCAGAAAUGUCUCGCAGUGGGAAUGGUCAAAGAAGUUGUUCGCACAGACAGCCUCAAAGGUCGCCGGGGUCGUUUGCCCUCCAAACCCAAGACUGUGGCUGAGGCUUCAUCCACCAUCCCCGGUGUCAACAUCAUAGCCUCUCUUGUCAGGGCUCAUUUGGACUCAAACCCAACCAUUGGAAAGCUUGACUACUCCAAGUACCAAGAGACAGUGGACAACCUGAAAGAAAAGGAGGAUGCCGGUGAUAUCCAGCAGUUUUAUGACCUGCUGACCAGUACUUUGGAUGUAAUAAGAAACUGGGCUGAAACCAUCCCAGGAUUUACAGAUUUCUGCACAGAGGACCAGGAGCUGCUCCUCGAAUCUUCCUUUGUUGAGCUCUUCAUUCUGCGACUCGCAUACAGGUCAAAUCCCGAGAAGAACAAGCUGAUCUUCUGUAACGGCGUGGUCCUCCACCGACUGCAGUGCGUUCGCAGUUUUGGUGACUGGAUUGACUCCAUCAUGGAUUUCUCCCAGAGCCUUCACCGCAUGAACUUAGACAUCUCCUUGUUUGCCUGCCUCGCAGCGCUAGUUAUCGUCACAGAUCGCCAUGGCCUCAAAGAGCCCAAACGGGUCGAGGACUUUCAGAAUCAUCUCAUCACUUCUUUAAGGGAACACGUGAGCGGAAACGGAUCAGAACCAAGCCGGACCCAGCCCAACUACCUUUCACGUCUUUUGGGCAAACUCCCCGAACUGAGGACUCUAUGCACACAGGGCCUACAGCGCAUCUUCUACCUGAAACUGGAGGACUUGGUUCCCCCUCCACCAAUAGUGGAGAAAAUCUUUUUGGAUACUCUGCCGUUCUGAAAAAAAAAUGAACACCAAUGUGUUAUUUGUAAAAAUGAUAGACUCAAAGGACCUAAUGUGAGGUUUUAUUAUUGGACUCUACUGGCGAACCUCCUUCUAGCACACUGCCUUGUGUGCUGACAAAUGUCUGACAUUGUUCAAGAGACCAUUAUUUUUCUAACAUUAAGUUUUAAUACGGUGCCUGUGUGAGUACUGCAUACAAACUGAUUCAGUUCAAUGAAACUGUCAUCGACAGAGCUGAAGUGGUAUUAACAGUUCAGGACACAGUUUAUAUAUAUUUUUGUGUGCAUUUGCAAAAUGACUUUAUUGCUGUGCUAGAUGUGUGAAUGUUGUCCUGCUAUGCAGCUAGUAAGACAUGGAUAUUUGGGUAGAUGCAAUGCAGUGAUUCAUACUCAGCUUUUCCUAAAAACAAAAGAAACACACUAAUCUCUUAAAAAGCAUGUUUUUAAAGUUGCUUUUUGAUCCCACUAAGGUGCUGAGGUAGUAGAUUGUUUAGCAGAAAAAGGUAGGCAGAAUCACACGUUUCUUUAAAGAACUGUGGAGUCCUACUUUUCAAAAGAGAAAUAUUCACUCAUUUCUUUGAGUCCACAAAAGAUAGUUUUAGUCCUAAUCAUGCUCCUGUGUAAGGUCUUGGACCAAAGUUUACUCUCAUUUUGAUACUACCAGUUACAAACCUUAUUGCCUUAAGCUAAACAAAAAUGUUCUGCCAUAACUCUUGUGCUGCCAUUUUGCAACACCUUGUAAAGGCUGAUGCUGGCAGGGUUCCUGCUGAGCCGCACGUCCCUGUAACAACACACUCCUUGGGCUUUUAAGAACAAAAAUGGACUUUGAAAAUGCAAAGUGCCUUUUAUAAAGCCUCGGUCCUCGAAACAUAAGUGACACUAAGUGAAUUUUCAUUCCAAAUAUCACACACAGCGAGCCCCAUUUAUGACAGUCACCAUCAGAAUUCAUUUUGUACUCACGACUGCUGAAUAUGAUUUCAGGUCUGUGCCAGCUUUUACUAUGAAGUGCCUGAGGGAUGCGAGUGUCAGUACAGUUUGAUGAAGAGCAUACAAUACUUGAACGCACACUUCACACUGCUAAACUGGAAGGACACCAAGUGAUGACAAGUGGUUUAGGAGCUACAAUAACUAAAUCCGGUUCACAUGUUCCCGAGGCAGUGAAAUUCAUAUCUACAGUAGAGCCGUCCAGCUUAAGACUGAAUUAAUGUAAGUCAAAGCAUCUCCUUGUAUCCACAAUUAGAUAUAGUAUACCCUUUCUAUGAUUUCUUUUUACCCAACAACGCUUAAAAUCCACAUGCAUAAGCAGACAUUUCAUGUUUAACAUCAACUGGUUUCUUGUCUUUGGCUGCAAAUACAUCACCCUACAUGUUUUUUGAACCUCAACUCUGUUUGUAAAACUCUCCUACUGUCUUCCACAUUCUUCUGAAUUGUGCAGUUUUUUUAUAUGUUGGAUUUAUUUUUUAUUUUAAUCUCAAAAUGAAUUUAAGAAAUAUCUUAAGGAAUCGCAGUGAAAUGUGACGAGAAGAUGAGCAGCUAAGAGCACUUGAAACAGUGUUCAAACAGUAUGAAGAAUACUUCUCUGUGUUUUGUUUGGGGCGUGUGUGGACUUUGAAAAUACUGCCAGGGCUUUCGUAAAAUGGUGCUGGAGUAUUAAAAGAGAAUAUUUGAUAUUAAAUCUUUUUGAAAAUACA